AACGGCUCCGCCUCGGUGAGGUUUCGUGUCUUGAUUCUCUGAGGAGGGUAAGAAAUUCGCGCGGAGGUUUCCGCAAAAAAGAGCAACGAGGCAAACAGGUUCACCCGCUUGUCUUGCCAGCGGCCUGACCUAAAUUUCUGCAAGCUGGUUGGGGCUCUCUCGCGAGUGGCCCGACACUCCUCUUUCGUUACCCUUUGUUGUCGUGCGUUUUUUGAAUUGCUGCCUUCUCGAGGUUUGUCUGUAGAUCCCGACGCAACCGUUUUCCCCCGUUUCUUUGGGGACUUAACGUCUCUUCUCGGGCGGUGAGACAAUGGGAUCUGCGGCUAGCGCUACCACGCCUUGCCGCGGCUGCACCAGCCGCUGCCCACCGAGUGGCUCUCUUCACUCGGAGCAGAAAACCGUACACUUGUCUAGGAGUUUCAGUCUCCUCUUUUCACUCACAUUUGUCUUCCUUGCUUCUGUUCUCGAUGGCCGCUGGCGGAUCCUUGGGCACGCGCUGGCCCUGCGGGCAGCAGUGCGGGAGGACAGCGCGCUCCAAGCCCCGACUGCCACGGCGAUGACCCCACUAACCAACGGACAGGUUGUGGAGAUGACGGCCCCCACCUUCCACAGCGUGCGCACUUGGUGCUCCAUGUAUCAGUCCCAGUGGCAGGUUUUCAACCAAAUGUGCCUGAACAAGGAGAUGAGCGAUACAUUCAAACAAGCUGCUGCAGUCGGAGAAAGCGCCCUAUUCGACUUCCGGGAAUACUCUGGAUUACAAGUGCAGAGCGAUGUCGGCGUCGUGCCGGGCACGAAUGCUCCCGUUCGGAUUGUGAACGACCCCAACUCUCCAACGCAUGCAGCGAAGUACAUCUAUGGCGUCAUUUGCACUGGCGAACUGAAUUACGCCUGCAAGAAAGUCCUGGAAGCCAACGUGAGCACGGAGACGACAGACACGAUUGCUGUGCCUACAUCAGAAGAAGUGGACCGAAUUCUGGAACAUUUCGACAGGGAGACGCCUCUAGAGGCCGCUGCGCGUGCACAGGUGGCGGAGCAAAUGCUCGAGGCUGCGACUCUCAACAAACGCUUUUCCUCAGAGACCCAAGAGAACGAUGAAGCAGCUGUGCCAGCCACCUCGCCACAGGAAAAGACAGCUCCAACAGAUGCCUCACCCGACACAGAGUCAAAGCCAUCUGAAAGUGAGCAGGCAACGGAGAAUGCAGUCGGCGAACAAAAGCCCGCAGAGAAUGCAGACAGCGCAGGAGCCGACGUGAAACCUGCGAGUGACGAAAACGUUCUCAGUGAAAACCAAGAUGCCUCGGGCGCUCCUGAGCCAGCAAGCGCCGCUCCUGGCGACGACAAAGAAGCGCCUGGAGAUGCUGCAGAAGCUGCAAAUGCUUUAGUGGCCGAUGACCAAGACAAACAAGACACUGAGAUCUCCGAAUCCCCUUCCCAGACUGACACCCCAGACGCUGCAGCUGGCAGUGACACCGAGAGCCCCACGCCCAACCCUGACACAACAACUCGUGAGGCGGCCAUUACAGAGACACCAGAUGCAACUGGUGCUACUACGGAGACACCAGAGGCAACUGGUGACAGUACUGAGGCGACAGAUGCAACUGGUGCUACUACAGAGACACCAGAUGCAACUGGUGCUACUACGGAGACACCAGAGGCAACUGGUGCUACUACGGAGACACCAGAUGCAAUUGGUGCUACUACAGAGACACCAGAUGCAACUGGUGCUACUACAGAGACACCAGAUGCAACUGGUGACAGUACUGAGCCGACAGAUGCAACUGGUGUGAGCAAGACUUCAGGUACGGACACCGGAUCGGCGUCUGCGGAGGCUACCCCUGCUGAGACACCAACUGAAAGUGGUGCCAGUAAGACCGCAUCUGGUGGCGACGCAGAAAACUCAGCUCCUGAGGGUGCUGCUGGAGAGACGUCAGCUGAAGCUGAUGGAGAUGCGACCUCAACAGGUGACGAGGCGGAAAAGGCAGCUUCUGAGGAUGCUCCAGACAGUCCAGCAACGUCGGAGAAUGCAGAGGACGCUGACACCUCUGAUGCUACAGAGACGCCUGGAGACGGUGAAGAUCAGGGAGCGUCUUCGUCUGAUGACAGCCAAGCAGAUGACACAGAGAACAAAGAAGAUGGGGGGGCUGCAGACGCCUCUUCUUGAACCAUGCCCUGAGAGUGUCUGUGUGGCACCAGGAAGAUGCAUAGAAACACCAAAUCGAGUAUGCGACUGAUGUCUACAAAUGCUGAAUGCUUUACGACGCACCAGUCAAGUGCUUCAGAAAUUCAUUUUUUCUGGAGAAGGCUGGGUGGUAGCAGGUAUAACGCGCGAUACGUGUUUUGCCGGAACGGGUGGAACUCCAUCGAGUACACCGAUACAGGAAAUGCUAUUUUGAACGUUCUUUUUUAAAUGCCCUACGACCUGCACGGCAGGUGUCAGUGGCUGUCGAACUGUGUCGCCUCUUCUCUUUGCUCUGCUCUGAGGCUUCCUCUUGUUUCUUUCAACUCCAUUUAGUUUACACAUUUCUUUGCGCCCCCCCUUUGGUCUCGCCUUUCUGUGUGAAGGACUAUUUGCCUUCAAUUUCUCGAGCAACUCGUCGGGCAAACUGGUCCGAACUCAACCUCUACCAAGUGCCGCUUCUCGUGUGCGCUUGAGCAUACUGAUCCUUAACUUCUUCAGGUUCCU